CGUCUGACCGUCCUUCCUGGUGGGAAUUCAAUCUCGAUAACGGUUUGAAACCACCAACCACCCCGGCGAGUGCGAGUGUGUGUACAGCAAAUUCCCAGCCGAUUUGGCGAAGUCCCAUAAGCAUACAAUGACAGACACCCCCUUCGUGUACGGCGUGGAGUUGAAAUCACCACCACCGACCACGGAAACCGACCAGCUUACGCAGUACGACCGUUUUCUCAAGACGAAAAAUAUGACCGAACAUUUUUUGCAGAGCGCCCACCUCCAGCAUCACCAGCAUCACAGUCAUCAUCAUCAUCAUCAUCAGCAAGCCAUGGAUCAAACGUCGUCCCUGCUAGUGAACGGUGACUAUUACUAUACGACCCCGAACUCGUCCCUGAGUGACGAUGCCUCCAAUCUGACGUCCUCGCUGGGGCAAAUCCUGCGUCACAACAUCAUGGCCGAAUGGUCACUGCGAGGGGGCUCCAGUGCCGUCACAGCGGCAACCACUGGGACCACCCCCCACGAGGCGGUGGUGGUGGCUGCUACCGGUGGAACCGGGACCGGUGGCUCUUCGGCGGCUGCUGCUGCUGCUGCCAGUCGGGGCAGUGGGGAUUCAACGUUCCAAAAUAAUCUCAUUAUCCCUUUGUAUGCGGUCAUCUUUCUGCUGUCGGUUGUGGGCAACCUGCUGGUCAUCCUGACGCUGGCCCAGAACAAACGGAUGCGAACCGUUACCAAUGUUUAUCUACUUAAUUUGGCUAUUUCGGAUCUUCUGCUCGGUGUAUUCUGCAUGCCGUUCACUCUGGUCGGGCAGGUUUUGCGGAAGUUCAUAUUCGGCAGCAUCAUGUGCAAGCUGAUACCCUACUUUCAAGCCGUAUCGGUGUCGGUGGCCGUUUGGACCUUGGUGGCCAUCUCCCUGGAGCGAUACUUUGCAAUCUGCCGGCCGCUGUCGUCCCGUCGCUGGCAGACGCAGUUCCACGCUUACAAAAUGAUCGCCCUCGUAUGGACGUUAAGCUUCCUGGUGAACUCCCCGCUGUGCUACGUACAACGGUUGCAGCCCGUCCAGAGGCUCCAUGCCGCCAGCAGCAAUGUUACCUUUACCACAAGCAGCCAACAACAACCGUCAAUGCUACCGCCGAUGAAGUGCCGCGAAAUGUGGCCCGACAAGUCGUACGAACGAGCCUACGUGCUAUUCCUGGACGCGGGGCUGCUGUGCUUUCCGCUGUUGACCAUGGGAUUUGCCUACUCGAUGAUAGUGUCCAAGCUGUGGCGGGGACUGCGGCGCGAGAUACGGCACUCGACCCACCAGAAGCAUCAGUUGCGAAUCACCAACUCAACGCCGACUUCGAUGAACGCCGUGGCGGGUUCAAAAUUGCUCCCAUCCCGGUCCCAGGAAUCCGGCUGCUAUCUUUUAACCGCAACGCCACCCAUCAUCAGCUCCAACUCCAAUCUGAACCGUGGCUGUUGCUCCACAGCCUCCACCGGUGCCAACAACAACUACUGCUAUUCCAGUUACGGCAACAACGUCCUGCACUACCGUGGCGGAGGCGGCGGCGGUGGUGCAGGAAUGGAUUCCAUGGGCCCUACCGUGCACCAUGGAAACGCUGCCAAACAACGAUCCGGAGUUCGAUUUCGGAUGCUGAAGAAUUUUGUGGAGUCCCACCGACCCAAGUGCUCCAAGCCGAUAAUCGCCCUCAAUUCUACCACCAUCAUCUCACCUUCUCCGCCACCGUCAUAUUUGAACUGUACCGGAUCACAAAUGAUGCAGCUGAAUAAUCUUUCGGCUUCUUCAACGAUGACAACGAUAGCGACAUCCACGACCACCCCUACGUCGGAAACAGUCCUCAACGACAGGAUAACAACAUCAUCUGUGUCGACACCGGCGCUGGUCGUGGGUAGCCGAUUUCGAGAAUCCUCAAACUCAACGACGACGACGACGACGACGGCUGGCGAUAAGGGCCUCUCGAUGACGGUAACAACGGCAACCCCCAUUACCAGCCCCGACCCACCCGUUCUCCCCAUGAGCUCAUCCUUCUCGCGACACGCCAUCCGGUCGAAUUACAUGGACAAAAGCAUCGAAGCCAAGAAGAAGGUUAUCCGGAUGCUAUUUGUUAUCAUCAUGGAGUUCUUUGUCUGCUGGGCACCGUUGCACAUUUUGAACACGGUGUACCUUUACUCGCCGGCUUUUGUGUACAAGUACGUCAGCAGCAAUGGAAUUGCCCUGGUACAGCUGAUGGCCUACAUCAGCUCCUGCUGCAAUCCGAUAACCUACUGUUUCAUGAACCGGCGCUUCCGGCAGGCGUUCCUUAACAUCUUUGGCUGCUACCGGCACCGGCUGUUCCUGUGCAUGUGCUGUUGCUUCCGUUGUGGACCCGAGGACACCCAGUUGGAUGCGGAAUCCAAAUCGGCCGGAUCGAAGGCAAACCCGAGCAAUACAUGCGGCCCCGGCGCCGUUGGAAACAACUCCGACAUCUCCGGGAACGAUUCCCUAGCCUUCGCCGGCCGGAGUAUCGUUCAACGCUCCGAGAUCAUGGUCCUAGAAUCCGAGGAUCGCGUUUAGCACCGGCUCCGAUCACGUGACAAGCUCUGUUUCGAUCGUCAACUCGAUCAGCUCGAACCGAAUCGCACAGGUGACGCAGAUAAUCGAAACCGACCCCGAGGAUGCAACGUUUCGUUUCAGGAUCACGUGGUCAAAGUCUUCUUCCUCAGCUAGUCAACUCAAGACUGUUAAUGGUUGUGAUAGUGAACGGUACUCCUAGGAUGAUACUCCUCCCGACUCCUACCUCCGGUGUGUGUGAUGAUUGUUGCCCCAUCCGAAACGUUGACCAAAAACCCGAAAUUUUAAACGUGGUGUUCCCUUCUCAUCAUAUCCACCGUCGAUUGUUAGCGUAA